AGUUUCCCAUUUAUUUUUCUGGUUGUCUACAAUCCAACCAAACAUUACAUAGCAAAAGUGGUCAUAGUGACACGCACACACGAGGGUCUGACCAAAGCCACCGUGCUCGCCCUUCGUUAUCCCAGACCCAACCAGCCUUCCCCUGAUCCCCUCCUCCUCUGAUUCCCCAGACGAAAUUAAUUAAUUAAAAUUCCCGAAAACCCGUUUGUUUUUAAUUGAAAUUUCAACUAAUUUCUCGAAAACAUCUUUUGUAACGCUCAAAUUUGCUAAUUUCUCUUCCCUCUGGUCCAGACCUUGACUUUUGAGGAUAAAUUUUUGCGAUUUCGGUUGAUAUCAAGGGGGUUAUUGUGGUUCAUGGGGAUGAGGGGUUGGGGAACGGGGAUCGUCGUGGUGUUGAUGUGGGUGAGGCUAACAUGCGCCGCCGAACAUUCUAGGGCUUCAUCGCCGAGCACUGUUUGUCCCGCGGAGUCCGUAGCCGAUUCGAUCCUAGGGUUUCGGUUUCGGGAUUGGAGUUGUCCCUUAGACGGUGAUUCUGAAUCCCUUGGUCUCGUUGCUGUAACCGAGGGAGAUGAGGUUUCACUGCAAAGGGCACUAAAUAUGGUUCACACGAAAAGUCAUGAAUAUGUAGCCGUGCUCUUCUAUGCAUCUUGGUGCCCUUUCUCCAGGAUUUUUAGACCAAGAUUUUCCAUCAUGUCUUCUUUUUAUCCCUCCAUCCCCCAUUUUGCUAUUGAGGAAUCGACCAUCAGGCCAAGCAUACUUUCUAAGUAUGGAGUUCAUGGGUUUCCUACCCUUUUUCUUUUGAACUCCACAAUGCGUGUUCGUUAUCAAGGCUCCCGGACCUUUGGUUCUCUCGUUUCUUUCUAUAGUGAUGAGACUGGCAUUAAGAUUGCAUCAUUGGAUCAACUGCCUGUGGACAAAGUUGGGUGUACAUCAAAUCUUGAGAAGAACGAUAACACCGAGCAGGAAAGCUGCCCAUUCUCAUGGGCAAGAUCUCCAGAGAAGUUGCUUCGGCAGGAGACGUAUUUGGCUUUGGCCACCACAUUUGUGCUUCUGAGAUUGUUAUAUUUCAUUUUCCCAACUCUACUUUUACGUGCUCAAAGACACAUUAGAAAUGUGAGAUUAGGGAGUUUGUGGGAACAUCCUUUGGCCUAUCUGAGGCGAGCAAUACAGUUAUUCAAUUCUCUGAAGGAGCCUUGCAAGAGAAGCAAUUUGCAGGAAGGAGCAAUGAAUGCCAGGGCAUGGGCUUCCAAGUCCCUCGCCACAGUCUCUAUUGGGGAUGCAAGCACCAGUCGGGGUUUGCCCGGAAGUGAAUGUCGCUAACUUUUCUUCGUUAGCGCUGAAUUUUCCCAUAAAACAUUUUUCUUCAGAAUCUACUGUGCCAGUUCUUUUUGUUUCAGAUAAUCAUCACACCCUUGAUUAAGAGCUCGUUGGGUUGAAUGUCUUGUGAUGAAGCUGAAGUAUGUUACUCUAUCCUGUAGUUAUCCAUUUCUGGUUAGUCUAUAUUGAUUUAGAGUACAAUUUAUUUGUCAUUGGAAAAGCUUAGACGAUCCAUUUGUGAAUAGUUCCUUAUUAAUAGACCAAAGUCCUAAUUUUAUAUCCUCUAA